UGGGUGGAGUUUACGUGUGUUCCUGGUGCUGUGCCCGUCCUAAACGGUAAACCGCUUCGGUUGUCUGACUCCCUCUGUGAUGCCGAAGUGAACCAGGCUCCCACCACGGAGCUCAAACCUCCCUUAGCCCAUGACUCCCUCGGUGGUGCCGAAGUGAAUCAGGCUCCCACCACGGAGGGGAGACCUCCCUUAGCCCAUGACUCCCUCGGUAGUGCCGAAGUGAACAAUGCUUCCACCACGGAGGAGAGAGCUCCCUUAGCCCAGAAGGCUCUGGCGGAGGGUUACGCCCGACUCCGGUACCGGGACACCUCGCUGCUGAUCUGGCAGCAGCAGCAGACGGAGCUGGAGGGCGGCCCUCCGGCCAACUACCUGAGCCGCAGCCAGUCCGCCUGGUACAGCAGCCACGGGAACCAGGCCGUGGUGGUCCGCGACAGGAAGACCUUAGGGGACGGGGUCGUUCCCACGGAGGGCAGCAGGUCCAAGAUCUGUCUCAUCAUGUAG